AUGGCCAAAGUUUUACCCACGGGAACAUGUGUUCAGAACAACUGCAGAAAUACAUCUGUGAGGAAGCUAACAUAUGGUCAGCAUGUUCCUGUGAUGGUAGACAACUCUGCUUCAGACACUCCUGAUCCACCAGUAGAGGAUGACUCACAUGAAAGUCCUAAUGAAGACAAUAAUCAUAGAAAUGCUCCUCUACCCAUUGAAAAGUUUAUAUCGGAUAACCAUGCCAGAGUUCCUUUUGCUAAUGGACAUGAUAACAAUGAUUCCAUGGCUCAAAAUAGUUUGGAAAAUAGUGCUCAUAGUAGUUUAAAUGACAAUAGUCAGAGGGAAAAAGAAACCAUUUCAUCUGAUAUAAAGAAUACUUCAAGAGAUGUAUAUAAUGCUUCCCAGACUCUCAUAGCUUCAACUGGACAGGAGAAUAACAAUUGUAUUGCAGUGGCUAGGAUCAGCAGCAAAGGCAGUCCAGUUACUCUUUUACCAAAGACUACUGAUGCUACACAGGCUGGAGUGAGCAGCAUUGAUCCAGUUAGACUGUUACCUCACAGCUGUGUAACUCAAAAGGAUUUAACUUCACCCCUUAAUUAUGUCAGAGAGCAGAUUUCUGUUUUACCUCAAGGUUGUGCAAGUGAACUUGAUGCACAGAGGAAUUACAACUCAAAAGAAAAAAUAAUAGUGGAGGGAGUUGUUAAUAAUGGCACAGUUACUGUUAAUAUUAUAGAAAAUGAGGAAGAUGCCACAAGUAACACUUCUGAUAAGCCUCUCUCAUUAACGAGGAAUGCAAAGAUAGAUGCAGAACACUCUUCAAAAAUAUCAAAUGCAAGCAAAGACCUUUUGUUGCCAACUUCUGAAGCAUGUUUAGUUGUUCAAGAUAUGCAACAAGUCACAGUGCAGCAAGACACCCAGAACCAUCCUGCAUCUGCAAUGUCCCAGUUUCCCACUCAAGUAUCUACCACUUACAGCAGUCCACCACAAAUGGUAACAUUCCAAGUGCAAGGAGGAGACAAGGUAAGCACCAGUAAUAAAGGCCAAAAGGUUGUUCUCUUACAGUGUGGUAACCCUGGGCCAGGUACAAUUCAGCUGGUGCCGCCUAUUGCUGAUAAUUCCCAGCUCACCUACGUUACUCCAUCUCUCUCAGGAGUGCCCAUCAUGUCUACCGGAGUUCCUCCACCAAUCCUUCACGGAGGGAAGAUUAUGAAGAUGAUGAAUUCUUCCCCAUUACUUCUUCUCCCAUCUCAGCCCAUUAUUGCUCCAGUUCCCCAGCCACCGAGGCUCAAACCAAUAGCACCUAAACCUUGUGCAUGUAAACUUAUUUCCACCAGUCAGUCUCAGAUUUCAUCUCUUGGUGGGUCAUCAACAGUUAUGAAUUCCACCUCUAAGAUUCAGGCUUCUCCUUCUAGAAAGGAAGGCAUUCAGGUCAGUUCUAGAAUACCAGCAAAAUCAAAACGUUUUGCUCCUUUAGAAAAAUGUGACAGUAAACCAACAAAGCGUAGUAGAACUGACUGUGACUCAACUUUAUCAACAGAGUCAAAAGUAAAUCCUUUGAAUAACUUACAGCCCUUGGAUCAAACUCAGAAAUCUGUGACAGUCAACCAGGUAGAAAUUUCUAAUGAACAAGGUCAAGACCUUCAAGAAAUAUCCACAUCUUCUCUAACUGGUUUGGUACACUCAGCAGGGAUAAUGGACUGUGAUGAGGAAGAUCCAUUGGGAAAUAUCAUGGAUAUUCGAGUUGACAUGCCAUGCGAUAUUGCAGAAAACAUCCGUGGAGAUGCUAUGGAAAGUAGCAGUCCUGCAGAUGAUAGGCUUGUAGAAAUGUUGCGAUCAAUUGAGAGUGACCCAAGGUCCUGUGAUUUCUCUCCACCAUCUUCACCUGGAGCAACUUCAGAAAAUUUUGUGAAGCCAAUUAAAGAAGCAGAAUCUCAAGAGCAUGAUGAUGUAGAGGACCAUGUAACUGAUGUUCACACAGGAGAUGAUGAAGUCACUCAGGUGACAACUAAUGAAAGCACUUCCACUGAAGAUAAAGUUGCUUCCUUACAAACACCUGAAGAAUCUGCAGCUCCUGAAGAACUUACUCAUUUGGGUUGUGCAGUCAGCUCCCGGGUCUCCACAGAUAAUUCCCUUAGUAGUAGCUCUUAUAGUAUUACAGCUCUCUGUCUCUCCUCUCGUCCGGCACAGGAUGUAGAGUCACCUCUUGAAAACAUUUCAGCUCAUUCUAUACCUACAUCAAAUAAUAAUUUUGCUGGUGAACUUCCUGAUGGUUUCUCAGAAGCACACACUUCCAUAACAUCAUCAGUUGUAACUGGCUCCCUCACUAGAGUUUCAACUCCACUAAUACUUCCCACUAUAAUAUACUCUUCAGCAACAACACCACUGCUCUCACGAGAAAAUUUGCCAAAAGCAUCUUCGGCACCUAGCAUAUGCCAGCUGCCACUCCCCUCAGCUCUCCCACCUCCUUCCAUUUUUCAUAGGUCUGCUUCAGUAUUAUCGUCUAGUGCGCACACUCAUCCAUUAGCUCUUCCACCAUUGCCUGUUCCACAUCUUCCAUCUCUGUCAGCUGAUCAUUAUUCAUCAGGAAUUCUCUCAUCAGCUUCCAUAUCUCUGACCACUGCAGACUCUUCUAAUACAUCUAAACCAAUGGCUAUCAGCAAUACUAUGCCACACAUGAGUAUGCCUAGUAUGUUCACUACUGCAGGUACUGUCCCCAUCUCUAUACCAUCUCCUUCUAUUCCCAUCUCUUUAUCAACCUCACUCUCAACCUCAUUGUCAUCUCAUUCUAUCUCACUCCCUUCAUCAUCUGUUUCGGCCUCACUCUUGUUGUCUGCCCCGGUGCUAGCGUCACCUUCUGUUCCUACAUCAUUGUCCUCUGUGGCUGCUGCCUCACAGUCCUCAGAACCCAUGUCACUAGCAUCAGCUCUCUCUGUUGCACAUUCUUCUUCUGAUCAUGUUGCACAUUCUUCCUCUGACCCUGUUGCACAUUCUUCCUCUGACCUUGUUGCACAUUCUUCUCCUGAUCUUGUUGCACAUUCUUCAGCUGAUCCUGUUGCAAAUUCUUCAACUGACCCUGUUGCACAUUCUUCAGCUGACCCUGUUCCACAUUCUUCAUCUGACCCUGUUACACAUUCUUCUUCUGAUCCUAUUGCAUUGCCAACCUCUGCUCCAUUAUCGCUGUCAUCAUCAAGUGUUCCAGCAUCACUUUCUUCCUCUCUCCCCAAUACAUUAGCACCUCUUCCACUAUCACUCUCAUCUUCCCCUCCUGCUCCUGUCUCACUCUCAUCUUCUAUUCCAUUAUCAUUCUCAUCUACUGCACUGUCACAUUCUUCUUCAAUCUCGCUUACACAUGUAUCAUCCCCAUUGUCUUCAUCUGGUCCCGUCUCUUUGUCCUCCCCUCUUUCACUUACUCAUGCAUCAUCUGUGCCAGUAUCAUUAUCAUCUGGAUCUAUCUCACUCUCAUCAUCUGUCCCACUGUCUUUGCCCUCUGCCUCUCACACACUGCCAUCUUCUGUCUCAAUGUCACUAUCAUCAUCUUAUCAAAUGGUCUCUCCAGCUACAUUUUCUUUUUCAUUAACAGCACCUUCAACCACAACCUCUUGGCUGUCACCUUGUUCAACUACUGUCCCACCUGUGACAACCUGUUGUGCACCAGUCUUCUCUUCCCCUUCAACUUUGCCUCUUUCAACAUCUUCAAUCUUUUCAGCAUCAUUUUUGCAGUCAUUAUCAUCAACUAAUACUUACACUCCAAGCCCUUUGUCUAAUACAGCACAAGAUGCCUUAAGUCUUCUCCCUGGAGGUACUUCAACAGCUUCAUCUCUCUUGUCGUGCUCAUCGUCUACAUACACUACUUCAGCAGCACCACAAACUCUCCCAAGUAUGCCAUCCUUAUGCCCAGAUCCCUAUGGUCUUGAUAAUUUCCCCCAUGCUUCAGCCAUGUUUCCAGCACUGGGAAACAAAGUGCAUGAUUCUGGAAAAUCCAGCUCUCUAGGUUCCUCUUAUAGUGCUGCUCUCUCUCACUUUCCUGAGGUGUCUUCAUCAUCUUUAGAUAUAGUAUCUGCUUGUACACUUCCUGUGGUAUCAUCAUUGGCUAGUUCCUUAAUGCCUGCAUUGCCACAGAUAAAGUCUGUUCUGGGAAUGGAAGAGGAAAAUAGUGUUAAACCAGUCAUUAACAAAAAGAAAACCAGUGAGUCUAUCAUCCCAACAAGUAAUGAAAAUUCUGUUUCACACAGUGCUACACAGAUUAUAGCCGUAACCCUGGAUUCACUCAGUAAUCCCUCGUUGCCUACACACCAGCCUGAGGCAUCAAGCAUAUCCCAUAUAAAAAGUGAUGCAGCUGGACUUGUUUCGGAAAAAUGUGAACCUGAGGGUUGUGUCCCAGGAACAUCUAUUGGUCAGGGUUCCUUGUCAUCAUCUUCACUACCACUCACUGGUGAGGGAGAUAAAAAGACACUGGGAGUCAAAUUUACAGAGGCACACCCUAAGUCUCUUAGUAAACUUUUUACAGUGGAUCAUACUCCAGAUUCUAUUUCUCACACUGCUAUAGAUUCAUCUGUGGGGUCACUUCCUUCAAUUAUUCCUCAGGAACAAACAACAUUCACUACACAGGUGCAAGACAAGGAGGUUCAAGACAAGAUGCAGGAGGCUCAGAAUAAAAUACCAACUGCAGUCUCUAAAGUUAAUGAACAUUCUAACUCUGUUUCUAGAAGUCCUUCAUCAGUUUCUCUGGUGGAUGCAGCAAAUACUCAAACAAUGUUGCACUUGAACAGAGAUACUGUGGAGCAACUGGUUCAGAAUUCAAAAGGGGAAACUGUGAUGAAAGAAGAACUUCAGAAAGAUCAAGAAGGAAAUAAAGAGAAACCACUGGCCAGUGAUUACAGCACACACACUAUACAGCACAUAUCUGAAAGUGAUAAGAAAAGGACUACAUCUGACACUCACUUUCAAGAGAUUCAGAAUUGCUCACAGAAAGAAGCAGAACAAUCUACCCAUAAAACAAGGGACGAAAAUGUUAUCCA